CACAUAGCUGCUGCUGUUGGCUGUUGCGUUCUGCGUAUGUAACCGUCUACCGGUUACCGUAUACCGGGCACCGGCGUCUGACGACCGGCUUUGGCGGCAGUUUACUUGAUCUGUGCUUCUAGGGUUUAUACAGUUUACAUAUACACAACACGCUUACAAAUUGUAUCCGUUUUUUGUUUAGCCGUUUAGCAUCAUUUGCUAAGGGGUCGGCCGACCAGCAGUGUCUCUGCAUCGUGCUCGAUCUACCAUUUUUUUUCACCUUUUUCGCGGUUUGGACGCCGCACGGCAAAAUUCAAGGUGGUACGAUGGCAUUUUGUUUUAUAUGCGAUGCAAAAUUAUUUGGAGAACGAACACGUGUAUGUUCAAGCAUUUCACCACACAGUAAUUCACCAUACCCUGAAAAGAUUGGUGAAGUUCUAGGAGAGGAAUUUGUUAUUAUUGUAACUCCUGCUGAUCAUAUGUGCAAGAAAUGCACAUCACUUUUAAACCAUGUAGACAAGCUCGAAAAUGAUUUGAAACUUGUUAAAAAUGCCCUAGUAACUAAUAUACAGAAGAAAUAUGGAUUAGUGCCUGCUGAUCAACCUGUUAAAUCUGUUAACAUUGUUAAUGGGCACUUAAGAACUGAUGACUUAGAGGUUGGACAAAGAAAAGUUCCUAGUGGUUUGACAGUUAGAGAACCUUCCUCUAGUAGUACUCCAUUAAAAACAAAACAUGACCCUUCUAAAAUGAAAAUUUACAAAUGUGGAUUUUGUACAUUCCAAUCUAAAGACCUUGGUCAUGUUCGUUUCCAUAUGCGUUCUCAUAUGAACAAAAAAAAAGAUGGUGAAAAUUCUAAUCAAACUGCUAUGACUAAAACAGUAACCCAGCAACAGCAGCAGCAGCAACAACGAGAGCAACAACAACUACUACCACCACAACCAAAAAAAAGAUUGUAUAGAUGCCAAGUGUGUUCUACAUCUUAUGAUAGCAGAUUUGAUUGCCUUGAACACAUUCAAAAAGAUCAUAACCAACAACCAUCUUCUACAACUGCUGAGGAAAAAGAAUCUGGAGGUACUACAGUAAAUAUACCAGUUUUCCAAACAGAUGCAGUUAAUUCUAUAGAUAACCAACAGGCUGUGGUUAAAAAUGAUGUUGAAAAUCAUGUAGUCAACAAGGAGUCUAUGGACACAAAUAUGUUGUUGAAUGACAAUAUCCCAGCUGAUGACUCUACUGUUAAUAAGCAAGAGGAAACUCAAAAUACUUGCGAAAAUAUGUCUGGACAAAAUGAACUUAUGCAAGUUAGCCAAGAUAUGCCUGUUACAAAUGUAGAUAUGAGUGAUAUGACAAUUGAAGGUGGUGAGACCGGAACAGACCAUUUGGAUAUAGAAUCAAUGUUGGCAGCCAUUCAUAAUGAUGUUGUCUCUUCCCCAAAUGAUGGCAGGGAUACACAAAUCUAAUUAAAGACCUAUAACUGUAUUAUCACUUGAUAAUAAAUUAAAUUGAUGUUUUUUAUACUCAACUUUUAUUGAAAUUAAAUUUUAAAAAAACAGUACAAAUAGUUUAAGUUGUAAUUUUUAUAUUAAGACAUUGAAUUAUUUUGAAAUAAAACAUUAUUCUUGAAAAACGGUA